CUCAGUUCAGUUCAGUUCAGUUUCAGUUGACAUUGGUAACGCAACGCAAACGCUGCAAACGACGGGAAAUGUCUAUUGGCGCAUGGACUACCGCAAAUCAGGCCAAGUAAACUAAGCUAAAGUGAAAGUAAAAGAAGAAGGAGAAAAAGGGGAAGCCAUCGGGCCGCCGCCAAGUUCAAAAUCAACGCCUGACAAUGACAACAACUGCAGCAACAUGGCGCCCGACAGCAGCAGCAACGGCGACGUUGCCGACAGCAGCUGAAACAGCAGCAACAACAAGCUUAGAGACAACAAUUAGAACCAAAACAAUAACAGCACCAAGAACAACAAAUACAACAAUAAGAAUAAUCAAUGGUCUCGGCACGACAUGGCGACAAUGUCAACGCAGUACGGACACAGCAGUUGAAAUAACGGUAACAUUAUCAGCACCAGAAACAACGACAACAGACAUGAACAAGAAGUUAAAACGCCAACGUCGAUGCCGACGCCUAUCAACAACAAUGACGUCGAUGUGGCUGCCAUUGCCACUGCCAACACCAUGUGCGACGUCCUGGCUGCUGAUGUUGUGCCUCUGUUUCCUCAGUUGCCUUUGCUGUUACACAGAUGCUUUAGAAGAAGAUUGUGUUGACUUUCAGGGCAAUAAAGUGAAUCAUGGUAUGCUUUAUGUGCCCGGUCCAGGUGUUUGCAGUUUAUGCGUUUGCUAUCAUUCCGAGCCACUCUGGUGCAAGGCUAUCUACUGUGAUCCGCCAUAUUUUUGCAAGAAUUUUCGUGUCGGUGAACGUUGUUGCGAAUUUGAAUGCCUUGAUCCGCCCGGCGAGGAUAAGCUAUAUCAGGAACGUAUGAGAAAGCGCGCUGAAAUUUUGGCUGGCAAUAGCACCGCAACGAAUGUUAAAUUGGCCACACCAUUGGCCAUGUCCACCAUAAUGCUAGGAUUUCUGGGUAAUAGCUUUCUUAACUUAUAACUUGAAAUCAAAUAACCAAUGGGAUGAGUGCAAUAAUACAGAAAGUAGCAAACAAAUACAAAAUAUUAAAAUUAUUAUAAUUAUUUUGCUGCUAAAUACAGAAAAACUUUCUCUUUGUCCGUAUU